CACACACACACACACACACACACAGAGUCAAAGGAGAGAGGAUUAUUAAAACCAGACAACCUUAAGAUGACUUGGAGGGAAGCAGUCGAGUUCUCCUUCCCUUCAGACUCCAAUCAUUGAGCAGAGGCUUGUUUGGAAAGCACCAACACUGAAAUUCAUCUGGCAUCGUUCAACACCAUGAGUUCCAGCUAAUUUAAAGUGUAAGAUUAACCACGGCAGGCAACAUGAGGGUGCAAACUUUCCCAAGAGUGCAAAUUCUGCAGGCGUUUAAUUCGAGAUGCCAGACUCUCGCCGCCAACGACAACAGAGGCUUUAAGCAGGAGUUUGAGGAGCUUGAGAGAGUUGGUAAAGACCUCCCCUCCAGAGCAGGUGACUUACCGGUCAACAGAGAAAAGAACAGAUACCCCUACAUCCUGCCAUAUGACCACUGUCGCGUGAGGCUGUCCAUUCAGAACUCCCAACCACACACUGACUACAUCAAUGCAAAUUUUGUGCCUGGUGGAGGAUCAGAAAGAGACUUCAUCUGCACCCAGGGUCCUUUGCACAACACCAUCGCUGACUUCUGGAGGAUGGUGUGGGAGCAAAACGUCAGGAUAAUCGUCAUGGUGACAGCUCUGAGAUGCAAGGACAUAGUACUGUGUGACAAGUAUUGGCCUCUGGAACAAGGGACAGUUUAUCAUGGACUGAUCCAAGUGACAACAGUGACCCGCAAACAAGGUCCAGAUUAUUUUAUCACCACCAUUAACCUCAGACAGAGAGACUGUCCAACAGUCAGGAUAAUCACACACUACUACUACCCUGCCUGGCCGGACCGGGGCGUCCCUAAAGACCCAUCCUCACUCUGCGCCUUCACUGAGCAUGUGCGGCAGAAAUUGGAGGAAAUUCCACGCCUGGGGCCGGCCGUGGUGCACUGCAGUGCAGGCGUGGGGCGUUCAGGAACGUUUGUGACGCUGCUGUGGCUGAUGCAGCUGUGUGCGAGGGGCAUCCAGCCUGAUAUACAGGCUGCUGUGGAGGAUCUACGGCUACAUCGCAUGUGGAUGGUCCAGAAUCUGGAGCAGUACAUAUUUGUUCAUCAGUGUCUGCUGCACUGGCUCAGUGGAGGAACCUCAGCAAGCAGGCCACCAAUUCAGAGAGCCGGUUCAAAUAUUAACCACAACAUUCAAGAUCAGCCCCACAGAUCCUCGGGACGGGGGGGCCAAGCGGGGAGGAGGAGACGUCACCAUCAGCGACAGACACCUCCUGCGGACCAACCACAGAACACAAUGCAGCAGAUUUUAAACCCUGGGAAGCUGCUGAGGAGGUUACUGCCUUCCUCGUCUCUGUUUAAUCCUGGCUCACACGCCUCCUGAAGUCAUGCUGUAAAGCUGAGAAUACAGAAACAAGCAAGAACAUCAUGUAUGCCUUUAUACAGCAUUUAAGAAGGAAGGAAAGUGCAGAAAUAAUGCUGUGUGUGCUGUUCGACGUCAAGCCCUGCAGGCGGGAAACUGGCCUGACAACGUGCAAAUACAUGCUGGUGAAGAAACCACAGACGCUGCAGUUCCUCCUGAUACAAUGAGGAAAAACAUAAAGGAAGAACCUGCCGUACGGGUCGAACCUGAUCCUCCACUGUGAAUGACUUACCAUGAGAUUAACAAGGACAAUGACAAGGCUGCUCCCUGUACACUGAUUUAAAUACAGAGCUGACUACCACAAGUGGAAUGUAACUAAGGACAUUUACUCAAGUACUCUACUCACGUAUAAUUUUGAGGUACUUGUACUUUACUUGAGUAUUUCUAUUUUAUGUUACUUUCUAUUUCUACUCCGCGUCUCAAUGGGAAAUAUUGUACUUUUUACUCAACUACAUUUAUUUGAUAUCUUUACUGUUGUUACCAAAUAUAAAUCAACUAAUCGAUCACGGUGUGUAAAUCUAAACUCCCCAGCAGUAUUAGUAACUAAUUAAAAUGAGUUCCACUUUUACAUUAAAGUGAUGAACACAUUAAUGCAUCCAUCCAUCCAUUUUCAUCCCCUUAUCCUGGGCCAGGUCGCGGGGGCAGCAGGCCAAGCAAAGCACCCCAGACGUCCCUCUCCCCAGCAACGCUUUCCAGCUCCUCCUGGGGGACCCCAAGGUGUUCCCAGGCCAGAUGAGAUAUGUAAUCCCUCCUGGGUGUUCUGGGUCUGCCCCGGGGCCUCCUAUCAGUUGGUAUCGCUCCACCUCCCACACCAGCUCCAGCUCCUUCCCCACCAGAGAGGUGACAGACAUCCCCAGAGCCAGCCCGCGAUGCAAGGGAUCAGCACACCCUAGGCCAAGCCCCUACCUGCUGCCCCGCACCCUGAAUCCCGUCCCCACAGGGCGACGGCUCCAUGUUAUCUAUUCGGGCUGAGACUGACCGGGUCCCAGGGCGGAGGCCCAGUGUCUCCAUACUGAGUGAGGGCCUCAAAGUCCGAGUAUGCUGUUUCAUCAGUCUUCUUGAAUCGCUCUUAGUCUGGCCCCUCCCCUGGGAACACUUUGCCUUGGGAAACCCUACAGGCCCUGGUCAACACAGCUCCCAGGUUCACAGGGACACACAAACCCCUCCACCACGUUAAGGUGGCAGUUCUCAGAGGAUUAAUGCAUCAAUAAUUAUAAUUCAAUAAUAUAGUAUAUAUGAUUCAGAAAUGGCCCAUUCUGCACAUAUACUUUUGCUAUUCUACGGACAUUUUCAUGAUGAUACUUUUGUACUCUUACUUAAGAUAAGUUUUGAAUGCAGUACAUUUAACUGUAACAGUGUUUUCACACUGAGGUUAAGGACAGCAACUAACGAGUACGUUCACUAUAGAUUAAUCUGUUGAUUCUUUUCUCAAUUAAUUAUUUCAUUGGUCUAUGAAAGAGUAAAAAUGUCAACCAAUGUUUACCAAAGCCCAGAAUCCAUCCAUCCAUUUUCAACUGGUUAUCUGAAGCUGGGUUGCGGAAGAAGCGGGCUGAGCAAAGUAUUCCAGGCGUCCCUCUCCCCAGCAACGCUUUCCAGCUCCUCCUGAGGGAUCCCGAGGUGUUUCAAGGCCAGAUGAGAUACAUAAUCCCUGCAGCGUGUUCCGGGUCUUCCCCAGAGCCUCUCACCACCAGCUGGACGUGCGCCCAACCAACACCCAAAGCUCAAGCUGACAACCCUUAAUGUCUGGUUUUGUCCACGACCCAAAGAUAUUCAGCUUACUGUCACAGAGGAGUAAAGACACCUGGAAAUAUUCACAUUUAAGAGAAUUUUAACUUUGACAGACUCGAUUAUCAAAUUAGUUGUUGAUUAAUUUAAUAGUUGAAAAUGAAUCAAGUGAUCAUUGCAGCUCUACUGUGGUAUUACUAUUUUUACUUAAGUAAAAGAUCAGAUUGGUAUCUACUGUGUGCAGCUACCAAAUAUGUCUGGAUGAUUCAUUGUUUUAGUUUUUCUCUGCCUUCACCAAUGAGGUCAUG